GCUUUCUGUCCCCUCCGCCGCGCCGUACGGCCGCUCGCUCCGGAUCCCUCCGCGGGUAACUUCGCGCGGUGCGGCGGGGCACGGGCGGCUCUGCCCUCAGCGUGGGGCCUGCCCGCCCCGCCCGGCGGCUGCAGCAGCAUGGCCGAGAUCGGCAUCGACCAGUCCAAGCUGCCCGGCGUCAAGGAAGUGUGUCGAGACUUUGCCGUUCUGGAAGACCAUACCUUGGCCCAUAACUUGCAGGAACAAGAAAUUGAGCAUCACUUGGCGACAAACAUUCAGCGUAAUCGUCUGGUGCAGCAUGACUUGCAGGUGGCCAAGCAACUGCAAGAGGAGGAGGAUCUGAAAGCACGUGCUCAAAUCCAGAAACGCCAAAAAGACCUGGAACGGCAGGACUCAGAGAUUGCUCAGGAAAUCCAAGUGAAGCUGGUUUUUGAAGCAGAGCAGCGACGCCGGCAAGAGGAAAAAGAUGAGGACAUUGCCCGUCUUCUGCAACAGAAAGAACUGCAGGAAGAGAAAAAGCGCAAGAAGCACUAUCCAGAAUCCCAGGGACACAAAGUCUAUGAGGAUAGCUAUUAUUCAGAAAAUGGAGAGCACCUCCGGGCUGAUCCCAGGGAGCAGGUUUCUGAGCCUCGCAGGGCGCGUGGUGACAAUAGGCGCACGCAUCGACAGAGAGAGCACCGAAAAGCACGCUCACCUUUAUCUGACAGUGCCUCCCAGCACAGGCAUGCCCCACUGGAGGAUCGCCAUAGGUCUCCUCAACCGAGCGAGGCCACCAAUAGCCAUCGGCAGGAGUGCAAAUCUGCCAGCCAGGGUGGGUCUGGGAGACCUACCAGCCUUGUACUGGAAAGAGAAGCUGAUCGCGGUGCUGGUGAGCACACUGGCAACUGGGAACUGCAAGACAGGAGUGCACCUGGCAGGGAGAAGUCUUGGAGACCUCUCAGUCUCGACCUGGAGUCGGAACGUGGACUCUCAGAGCAGGCACGGUGCAGUAGAAAGCCGACAAGGCGAGAUGGAGCAAAGCACCUUCCUGUUCUCGACGUGGAGCUGGAGGCUGAGCAGGAGACCUGGCGUCGGGGCGGCAGCCAGCUGGUGCACCCUGAAAACCGCAAAUCCCGCUAUCGAGGCCACUCUUCUCAUGGGAUGGAGCACGAGUCCAAAUCCCAAGAAGAUCAUAGGAGGGGUGAGGAGAGAGACUGCAAAAGGGCAGGACACAGGAGACCUUCCCCAUCCCCACACGCUGUGACCCAGGAAAAGGUCGGAGACUACCGGAGAGACUCAGGAACUAAGUUGAGGGGGACAAAGCAAACCGUUUACGAUAAACCCCGAAGGGAACAGGAAUUGUCUGAUGCAGAGAUUGCUCGGAAGCUGCAAGAGGAAGAGCUCCUGGCCAACCAAGCAGAUCAGAUGGCAGCUCAAGUGGCCCAAGAUGAGGAGAUUGCUCGUCUCUUGAUGGCAGAGGAAAAAAAGGCUUUCAAGAAAGGGAAGGAGAAAGAGAAGUCUUCCUUUGAAAGGAAGAGAAAUGAUCAAGACUGGAAGCACGAUGCAAGUGAGUCCCCGCGCUCAAGGUCAAAAGAAGGACCUGAAACUCAGCGACACAAAGGUGAUAAGUCUUCAAGAUCACAGCCUCUCCUCGAUGACUUUGAGCACGCUCGGUAUUACACAAGCCAGCCCAGCCCCUUACGCCAGUUUUCCAAACCUGAGCACUCUCCUAAAGGUUCCCGUAGGAAGCAGUAAACUAUGCUAGCCUUUGCUUUGGUACUGACUCUUCUGUAGCAAACAUUACUGGAAUUGCCAGGCAACUUUCUCAAAUCCUUACUCUGUGGGGGAUCCACCUUCCACUCUCAGGAUCUCCUUUCUAAGUGUCAUCAUAUUAAUAAGGAACAUUUGUUCAUUUCAAUUUUCUAUUCAUACGUGAUCAGUCAAGCAGUGCCGUACAAUCUAGCCACCACUGAGCUGCGUGAAUCAACAAGCUAAUAACAGCUUCCUCUUAUAUUCCUUUCAGGCUUUCCUUCUAUUUUUAAGCUUUGGCUGGAGCUUUCACAAAUAGAGAUGCACAUACAAGAGGGAGAAAAAUUCAAGAUAGGAGCUGGAUCAUGGCAGUGCAGCAGAACUCAAUUGCGUGUCCUUCCCACGUUAGGAUGGCUGAGCAAAGAGUUAUAAGAGGGAAUGUGCAUUUCUUCUUCUGCUGGAUAACAGUGGAGCCAAUCUAACAGUUGUGUUAGCUUGCAGGAAGGAGAGAGCAUCCUCACAGAGUUCACAAUCCAAUGCGGGAACCUGGGGCUGGUGAGGAAGAUGUUGCCUACAGAAUAAAACUCCUUAACUGCUGUAUUUAUUUCUAGGGUUCCCAGCGAUUUGUUUAGAGCAUUUAACCAAGCAGUUAGCUUUAGGGUAUAGGAUAGGACAGGUAGGAGGAAAAGACUAUUUCGAUUGAAAUUAGGCCUUUGUGUGCAUGGCUUUUAAGGCAUGCCAGGGAGUUGAUGAAGCUGUGAGUUGUGGGCUGGGGAGAAUCAUGCAAAUGAAUUGAAAUGCCCGAGGAGAUCUCUGUGGUCACCUGCUUUGAGCUUCCGGGUGGUGCAAGCCAAGGGAUUCCACAGAAACCACGUUAAGAAUUAUUGUAACUCCUAGUUCAGUUACUGAUGCACUUCAGCACAGUAACUUUCGUCUGAACAUAUGUCUUACAAACAUGGGGCCAUAUGGGCACUGAGAAUUAAAUCCAAAAACUACAGUUAGAAGCCACUUUGAGGUAGCCAUGGAUUGCCAAACAGUGUGCAGAAUGUGUGCUAAGUGCCUCCCUCUGACUCUUCUCUGUCCAGCACACCAAGCUCCAGCCAGGAUCAAACUAUUGCUCUCCAGGGCACAGUGGCAUCUCCAAGUUUUAAGUCUUCUGUGCAGACUUGCUCAUGUACUUGUUUCUUUUUCUCCUUUUGAUGGUUUGCUUUCCCUUGACUCUUUGAAAAUCAUCCUGCUCUUGCAGUAAGAAGCAGCCUUGUCCCCUUGUCUUCUGUCAUCCCAAUUCUUUUGUCUUGCUGACUUUUUUUGCCAAGUGCAUUUUUAAGCUGCAGUGCUGAGUGGCUGGAUACUGGCUCAGUCUACCCAGCCCAGUACAGGUUACUCACUUGGUGGUCUCAUUCGUGGCAGAAGAGCCUGGCUGCAGUGCCUCAGUGCCCAACUUGCUUACAGCACAACGCUGAGCCUGUCCUGCCACACUCUGCAUCGUCUGCUGGCAGCUGCAGUUCUGCUGCUGGCUUUGCUGAGGAGAUGAGGCAGAGCUGUGAUUAUGCUCAGCCUUGCCACUGGCCUGUGCAGCUGGCUGGGAAAGGAGCCUGACACUUCUAUGGAGCUUUGUGGAGAGCAGAUGCUGGCGUGGAGCACUGAUAAGAAGUCAGAGGAGAUGAUGGCCCUCUGUUCUUGCACUAAUGUACAAUUCAAUCCGUAGACAGCUGAAAGGCUUUAACUUUGGCUGUUGUCCUUGGUUAGGAUAGCUACUGAGACAGAUCACUAGGAAUACAAAGCAACUUGUUUUCGCAUAAGUUGCAAGGGCACAUUUAAUAACACAGCACGAGCUCUUGCCUUGCCUGGAACAACAACUCAGACUUCCAUCUCUUACCCCCACUGGGAUGUUGGCACCACUUGUGUACCUGUGAAGUACCAGGUAACCCCUCAGCUCCAAGCAUACACUAACCAAAAAUGUUGCAGCCCUUUGUGCACCAGCAGCCACCCAGCUGCACACCCUCGCUUCCAGGCUGUGGGCUUGCUUAUCUGCACGAGUCCUUAAGUGAGUUGCAAGCUCUUGCUUGCUUGCUCUUUCUUCUCAGGAAAUAUCUCAGCCAGUGGCUAGAUUGUACUGCCCUUUCCUUGUGCUCUCUUCUUGUUCCAUCUGUGUCCAUUCAGAAGUGUUAAUGUUGUUUUUAAGGGAUUGGGAAAAAAAAAAAAAAACAGCAACAUGAACAGGUUUUUUUAUUAUUAUUUGAUAACUUGGGUCAAUGUGGCAACCUAAUUUGCAGUGACUUUAUUUUGUAAAAGUUUAUUUUUGUAUUUCAUGUAACAGUCAAAAUUUUUACUGCUGAAAAUGCCAUUUUUUUUUCUUUUCUGUGGGAUUUUUCCCCCCCUUGCCAUCAGAGUGUAUUUACUGUUGUGAAAUGGAUGCCUGGUAGGGUUUUAUGUGCUAAUACUCCUGCAAAUAUCCCAGGCCUUGCUGCUUGUAUCAUCUGGGCACCUAUGAAAAUUGAUGGUGAAAAAUCCUGCCAAAUAAGAAAGCGGUUGUGUUCUGUGCACAGUUUGCAUGCGAAAACGGUGACCCUCUGCACAAGGCAUGGGGGAAGCCGCUAAAUAGGGAUCAAGCCCUCCCUGGGCUUCUGGAGAUAACUGUGAUAUGGGCUUUCUUGCACUGCAGUUGGCUGAUGUAACUUCUGUCUUCUAAUCAGGAAAGUCACAAAGGCCCUGAGCCUGCUGGAAGAACCUAUUAAAUCAGGAGAGAUGCUUUUGAGCAUCCGGAUUGUUGACUUCAAUGGAAUUGAGUGGAAAUGAUAUGAAAGAUAAUAGUGGCUGAUCUGGUUUGGAAGCUGAGUGAAGUCUAAAAAAAUGACCCCGUGCCUAGACUGUGAAGCUGCAGCAUCUGCACUAAUGGCCUUCUCAGGCCAGCCACGCUGUCCAAUGAUGGCACCAAGAAGAGGGAGCCCAUGGGAAGGAGCCAGGAGUGUCUGCUACUUCUUCGGAUGCUUCCAGGGAGUGUUGAAUGCCCCGGGGCUGCUUUGCUCUGUAUCUUUCCUUAGUGCUUCCCUUUUUGAUCUUAUUCCCUGCCUUUAUUUGUUUGCUCUCCAUUGUUCUGCUUCUGCUUUGUUUUUUCCAUGGCCCUUGUGAAAACAAGGACCUUGAGGUUUUGCUAGAAGAGAGCUGACACCUACAGGGAAAAUUGCUAAGAUUGAUAACUGAGAAAAGCGUAUGAUAAAUAGGGGAUAAACAGAGCAGUUGUUCAUCUGACAUGCCUUGUAGACCUUGCACAGAGAGCCUCAUGCAAAGAUUGCGCUCUGCAUGUUUAAUAGCCAUGUCCAUUGCACCAUUGAAGUCAACAAGAGCUAAGAUCAGAGGUGAGUAAGAAGCCAAAUCUUCCUGGAGCUCAGCACCUUGGUUCUGCUGAGAGUCAGCAAGAUGGAGUGGCACAGACCAGAUACAAAAUCAGCACCUUGCAUGUGUGCCCCUGGGAAGGGGCACAGUGAAGUUGUCGUCUUAAAAAAGAAACAACGAGAGCAAUAUCUAUUUACAUGGCAGAAAAAUACGUAACUUCUUUUUUGUAUGUGUAUGUCUUCUCUUGCUGAGUCUCAGUAGCUCUGGUUUUGCUCUGAAUUUAGUAGCGCGUUGGAGCUGGGACCCCUACCAUGAUCAUUCAGAUCUCGCAUCCCUUUCUUACUACUUGCAUUAACAAGGGAACAUGGAGAGUCCAUCACUGUGGAAUCCUGGCACUUUCCUGAUCUCCACAGCAGGCACAUCUCACCAGCAAGAGCUCUCGCCACCUCCUUGCCUCCGUCCGAAGCACAAUGAUCCGCAGAAGAGAGGUUGGGUGAACCCGAGUGGUCGUGCCUUACCUGCAGAGAUACUCAAUGUCUUCAGCAGCCUGAUCUGGGUCACCUUGCUAUGAAACACUGUCUUAAAUCAUGGACUGUACAGCUUCCUGAGAAGCAGCUAUCAUCAUGGGAAUAGACCAAACAGGUUAAUCUCAUCUUUUUUUAAGGAACUUCAUGGUUUUGAACUUAGUGGGGGUGGGAAAAUAUCAGCUGUUAGGGAUAGAUGGAUUAUCUCACCAUUGAAUUUCUUCCUCUCAGGGAGGAAGGGUAGAGGUUACAAAUGCUGCAGUCUGCUUUGCUCUGUAAAAGGGAUCUUGUAUGUACAGUAUUUUUAUAUCUUUGCAUUCCCACCUGUCUGUUUUUAAAUCCACUUUCAUAACAUACAUAGGAAAAAAAGGAUUUUGUUUUGCAAUGCUAGACCUUUGAGUUUUUUAUUUUGUGCCAAACUACAGCCACUGUUACAUUCUAGGUUAUUCAUGCAGUUUACUGCUCAAUGAGUAUACUAUAUUUUUUAUUAUCAAGGUUUUUAUUUUAAUUCAUAUUAACCUGUAUGCAAGCUAACUGUGGAUUGCUAAUUUAUAUAAAAGGGGAGCACUUUGGAGACAGUGUGAGGAUUCCCCUGCUUAGUUUACACUCCUGACAUGUAGUGCAGCCAGUCCAUAGAACUCAUCACUUCUUGCAAAGAGUGUUCUCCUGGGCACCUGCUACCCAUGUAGAUCACUGCUGUGAGGAAGGGCAGGAGCACUGUUUGGCUGCGAUAGGAAAUGAAGCACAGCCUGUAGCAGGGCUGACCCAGCUCUCUGCUAUCCUGUUUGUGGCAGAGAUGCCCAGGGAUGCUGCUGCAGCAGGAGUGACUUUGAGGUUUAAUCUGCCCUACAUCCGUCCCCAGCAGAUGGACCAUUCUGGUCUCACCCUGCUCUAAAGGCAGUCUAUGUGUGGUUUUGCAGUUGCUUUGGGAGAUGGGUGUGGGACACAGCGUGAGGCACAGCAGUGCCCCUCGCACUGUGCAUUCCGCAGGCAGCUCAUCUCUUCUUGUGGAGAGCAGGCAUAAACCUGCUGAGAUUCCAGUUUACUGUACUCUUAAAACGUGUCCUGCAGCACGUCUCUGUACAGUAAUGCCUGUGCUACAUACAAGUGCCACUUGGACUGCGAUGCCCCAGACAGGCUGCACUAUGCAGGUCCUGUGUUGAGAAGCUGCACUGCCCUCAACCUGUGGGCUGCAAACGUCGGCCACCGCCUCCUCUUGAGGUGGCACAGGGCAAGGCUGGAGCUGUGCAGCUGACGCUCAUCAUAGGAGGGUCCUACAGAGGACAGCAGCACACAAAUGAGUAUUUUCUACUUCACAGCAAACAAGUUUCACUGUAUCAGUGUUCGCUCUAAGUAGACUCCACAGUGUGUCUCCAGCUGCAUCUGUGCACUGCAAUAUAGCUAACUGCCUCAGAAAAGCUGCGGUUGUCUAAUUUAGCUCUUCAGGGUAAGCUUUCAGCCUGUUGGAUCUAAAUGUUGGCCAUAAGAUAGUCGAGCGGUUGAAAUUCCUCAGAGCUGCAAGUGUACCCUGUGUUGCAACAGCUAAUUCUUAAGUAUAAAUCGCGCACUGACAAUAAUCUGUCUAUGCAAGCCUAUUUUCUCCUUCUUUUUGACUGUUCACUCUCUAAUUUUACCAGGUUUGGCAUAGAACUUCUGAAUGACAUUUAACCAAAGUAUCGUGUCCGUGUGUGUGUAGCAUGUUUGGCUUCUUACUCCCGAGUUCAUUGAAUGUAAAGGGAACAUUGCCUUGCCCCGUUUUGUUCAAUAAACCGUUGUAUUUUGUUACUGACCCCAUCCUUCUGUCCCUCUGCGUGCUUUUCUGGGAACACUGAAUGGGGUCCUUUGCCCCCAGUGUGUCAGGCUCAUACAGUGUGUCCUGCUGUGGGUCGCACAGGAGCAGGGGGAAAGCAGCGCUUCAUUCCGCUUUUGGCUCCCGGAGCUUUGCUGUUUCUACCAAUAAUUAUGUUCUUCCAAUUUAAUAGAUAUGUAGCAAAACAACAGUUUGUAUUUAAUUUGAUUGUUUUGUGGCCAGAGAGAUGGGAAAAAAAAAAAAAAAAAAAAAAAGCUGUGUAAUGUCUUGGAAAGGAUUUGAACUGUUUCAUUUCCUGAGAUUGUGAUACUGAAAAAUAAAGCUGUGUAAUUAUUUGCAA